GUCAUCCCAAACAACAGGAUAGAAACUGUUACACACCAGGGCAGCCAUGGAGAUAACCCAUAUUUGUGAAUUUCACAAGAUUGUUUCCAUCCAUGGUGUCUUAUGAGUGCUUCCUGGAAGAGGUGGCAUUUGAGUACAGCACUCAGGCUUUGGUCAGGGAAUGAAGAAAGGAACAGCCCUCCUUGUCAGCUCCUUCCCUCAUCUCGCUCAUGCACCAGGGCCUUGUCCCUGGAGGGACAAUGAAGUUUCACAGAAUUAUGGGUGAAUGGUUGGACUCUUAAGGUACUGGGAGGGGAAAAAAAACACAAGGCUUUAUGGUGAAGGAAAUAACAACGUAGGACAUUAUGGGAGGGAUGGGACUGUAAAUUUUUCUUUUUGUCCUUUUUCCCCCCUCUUUCAGCCAAUUGCCAUCUUUAGUUCUACAGAUAAUGCCUUUAGGAAAUCAAGGGCCAGAUGUCUUAUAGGUGCAAAGGUAACAUGGCUCGUAGUAAGUGACAGAGCCGGUCUAGAAUACAAAUCCAUUCAUUCCGUGGUAGUAGUAGGAGCAAGGCGGGAAGCUUUGUUGCUUCAUUCGAAAAUCCACCGCUUUGGGACACGCAAGGUGGGGCUGGGUGCUGCACCCUGCAGGCUUUGCAUUGCCUGUGGGGGCUAGCGACACAAAUAACAGACGAAGCCAUCCGGCAAUCCGGAGCCGAAGUCCAGUAGCCUAGCCAAUCAGAGUGCGGGCAGUUAUCUGCAGGUACUUUCCCUUUCAAGAGAGACAAAGGCGGGGCAGGGUUUGGACGCGGUGGGUGAUUGGACUAAGUGAGAACAUCCAGACCUAUCAAAGAGCGCCAGGUGGGCGGGACUCCAGAAGCGGUUACAGCUUAGAGCUGCCUGCUCUGGGCGGCGAAGACAGACGUAGGUCUGUGGCCGCACGCGGGGGCGCGUGGAGGCGGAGCUCAGGGCAGCAGCAUGCAAUCGCGACCCGGCCUCUGAGGGCCGGUCGCCGGAGCCGGCGGGCUACUUUCGAGCUGAGUCAGAGUCCUCGGCGAUACUAAGUGAGGGGCCACGGGGAAGGGCCAAAAGAGGGUGUUGCAGCGCCCAAGCGGGCUUCGCCGACGCAAGCUGGGACCCCCCCGCUCGCCAUGGGGGAGGUGGAGAUCUCAGCCAGGGCCUAUGUGAAGAUGUGCCUGCACGCCGCACGAUACCCCCAUGCCGCGGUCAACGGGCUAUUGCUGGCGCCGGCGCUGCGGUCUGGAGAAUGCCUGUGCCUCACCGACUGUGUGCCCCUGUUCCACAGGCACCUGGCCCUCUCCGUCAUGCUGGAGGUCGCCCUCAACCAGGUGGAUGUGUGGGGCGCGCAGGCCGGGCUGGUAGUGGCUGGGUACUACCAUGCCAAUGCAGCUCUGGACAACCAGAGCCCUGGGCGCCUGGCCUUGAAAAUCACUGAGCGGAUUGUGGAAUUCUUCCCUGAUGCAGUACUUAUUAUGCUGGAUAAUCAGAAACUUGUACCUCAGCCUCAUGUGCCCCCAGUCAUCGUCCUGGAGAACCAUGGUCUCUGUUGGGUCCCCAAGGACAAGAACUUAGUAAUGUGGAGGGACUGGGAAGAGUCACGGCAGAUGGUGGGAGCACUACUGGAGGGCCGGGCUCACCAGCACCUUGUGGACUUUGACUGCCACCUUGAUGACAUCCGACAGGACUGGACCAACCAGCAGCUUAACACCCAAAUCACCCAAUGGGAUGGUCCCACCAAUGAGAAUACCUGAUCCAUGGUGGGGUGGUUAAGAUCCAAUAAAGAGACUUGGGCUGAUGGGCAA